UGAAAUCUCCACUGCCCUCCUGCCGGCCCCGCCCUCUAAUCGGCAAAAGGAGGACUGGUUAAAGAUGGCGCUGUCCGUGAAGUCCGUUCUCCGUUCCGGAAAGGAUGUCGUGUCGGUGCUGCGGCGACGGGCCUUUCACAGGAGCGCCCCGGCCGCUGUUCAGGUGACGGUGCGAGACGCCUUGAACCAGGCCUUGGACGAGGAGCUGGAGAGGGACGAGCGCGUCUUCCUGCUGGGGGAGGAAGUCGCCCAGUACGACGGCGCCUACAAGGUGAGCCGAGGCCUGUGGAAGAAGUACGGCGACAAGCGUGUCAUCGACACGCCCAUUUCCGAGAUGGGAUUCACCGGCAUCGCCGUGGGAGCGGCCAUGGUGAGCGCGUCCACUCGCCGGACGGACGACUCGUCCUGUAAAUAUGCUCCUCGGUUUUUAAAAAAAUUUCCCCUCCAGGCUGGCCUGAAGCCCAUCUGCGAGUUCAUGACCUUCAACUUCUCCAUGCAAGCCAUCGACCAGGUCAUCAACUCGGCGGCCAAGACGUACUACAUGUCGGCGGGGCUGCAGCCCGUGCCCGUCGUCUUCCGGGGGCCCAACGGCUCCUCGGCCGGCGUCGCCGCGCAACACUCGCAGUGUUUCGCCGCCUGGUACGCUCACUGUCCGGGUCUGAAGGUGCUGAGCCCGUGGAACUCCGAGGACGCCAAAGGUCUGCUCAAGUCGGCCAUCAGGGACGACAACCCGGUUGUGUUCCUGGAGAACGAGCUGAUGUACGGCGUCCCCUUUGAGAUGUCCGACGAGGCGCAGUCCAAAGACUUCACCGUGCCCAUCGGCAAGGCCAAAAUCGAGAGGCAAGGUUCUCACGUGACUUUGGUGUCGCACUCUCGCUACGUCGGCCAUUGCUUGGACGUCGCCGCCGUCCUCGCCAAGGAGGGAAUCGAGUGUGAGGUGAUCAACCUGCGCACCAUCCGGCCCAUGGACGUGGAGAGCAUCGAGGCCAGCGUGAUGAAGACCAACCACUUGGUGACGGUGGAAGGCGGCUGGCCGCAGUUCGGGGUCGGGGCCGAGAUCUGCGCCAGGAUCAUGGAGGGUCCGGCGUUCAACUACCUGGACGCUCCGGCCACCAGGGUGACGGGCGUGGACAUCCCCAUGCCGUACGCCAAGAUCCUGGAGGACAACAGCAUACCGCAGAUCAAAGACAUCAUCUUCUCCAUCAAAAAGACCCUCAACGUGUGAAAGCUGAGGAAAAAAAAAAGAAAUAAAAAAUUAGGUAAAUACUGUCCAUUAUUUCCAAAAUGCUCAAGUUCCACUCCGGUCGUUACCUCCUAACUUCGUCCACUUCAAAAUUAAAUCCACCUUUUGAGUCGCCUUGUUAGUUUAACAAAGAAACUAUUAUUGUAUUUAUUAGAUAUUAUAUUGGCAACAUUUGGGACUGAAUUAUUAUUGUUCCCCACCCCUCCCCCCAAAAAAUGCGUUUGGCUGAGGCAGCGGGACUAUUUUCAGGUUCUCUGUGGAUGUUGUUUUGUCACUGUUAUGCCAAUUAAAAAAAAUAAAAAUAAAAAAUUCA